AUGAAGACCGAUACGUCAGGAGUUCCAGGCAGGGGGCUAAGCUUCUCUGAAGAUGCAGGCCCAACGAAAGAAACUGCACUUACGAAGUCCCUGGGCAAGUGGGACAGCCUGGUCUGGGAGGAAGAAGAGGGAAGAGCUACUCUGAUCUUGACCUUCACCCUCUGGAAUGUGAAAAAGGCUGGGUUCUCCAAGGCAGCUAAAAUCUUUGAGGCUUUUGAAACCAAAAUUCAUCACCUUGAAAGCAGACAGGCCAAAACAUCCACAAACACAGUUGAUGAUCUUGAAUUUUUUGUCAAAUGUGAAGUUCAUAAUUCUGAUGCCAGUGCUCUUAUAAACUCCUUAAAGAGAGUGGCGGAGGAUGUGAAAGCUCACAGAGAAGACAAAGUCCCAUGGUUUCCAAAGAAGAUACGAGACCUGGACAAGUGCCACCAUUUGAUCACCAAGUAUGAACCUGAUUUGGAUCAUGGCCAUCCUGGAUACACGGAUCCAGAAUACAGGAAACGGAGGGCCUUCUUUACAGACCUUGCCUUCAGCUACAGAGAGGGAGACCCUUUGCCUCGAGUUGAAUACUCUGCACAAGAAACUGCUACUUGGAGAGAAGUCUACAGAAAGCUGAGCAGCCUCUACCCUACCCAUGCCUGUAAACAAUACCUGGAUGCCUUUCAGCAGCUGGAGAAAUACUGUGGCUACCAAGAAGACAGCAUACCUCAACUGCAGGAUGUCUCCAGAUUUUUAAAAGAAAGAACAGGUUUUCAGCUGAGACCAGCUGCAGGACUACUGUCUUCUCGUGACUUCCUUGCCAGCCUGGCAUUUCGUGUCUUCCAGAGCACACAGUAUAUAAGGCAUUCCUCCUCCCCUAUGCAUUCCCCAGAGCCUGACUGCUGCCAUGAGUUGCUGGGUCACGUUCCCAUGUUAGCUGAUAAAGAAUUUGCCCAGUUCUCUCAGGAUAUUGGACUGGCUUCUCUUGGGUCAUUGGAUGCUGAUAUUGAAAAACUGUCAACACUCUAUUGGUUUACUAUUGAGUUUGGGCUCUGCAAACAAAAUGGAUCCAUCAAAGCUUAUGGGGCAGGACUCCUUUCAUCUUAUGGGGAGCUUAAAUUUGCUUUAUCAAACAAGCCUGAGUACAAGCCAUUUGAUCCAGAAGUGACUGCAGUUCACCCAUAUCAGGAUCAGACCUUCCAGCCUGUCUACUUCAUAGCAGAAAAUUUUGAAGAUGCCAAAGCAAAACUCCAAAGCUAUGCUUUGAAAAUCCAGAAGCCUUUUACUCUUCACUAUGAUCCAUUCACCUGCAGCAUAGAGGUUCUGAAUACACCCCAGAAAGUCAAGACCACACUCAAACAAAUGAAAGAGGACCUGAAAAAUCUCUGCUUUGCUCUUGAAAAUAUUUCUUAA